AUGAGCCAAUUAAACUUUGUGCAACAGUUUGUCAAGAGGUUUGAGAACGAGCAGGCAACCUCGCGGACCGGAGACUCUGCCACGGAGAAGUGGGCGACCUUGCGGGACACCAUGCACCGCACUACCUUAGCCACCUUUGGGAGAAAGACCUCAAAGUCAUAUGACUGGUUUGAGGCAAAGUCCGCUGAGAUGGCUACUGUCAUUGUGGCGAAGCGCGCCGCUCUUGCAGAAUACAAGCAGUCACCCAGCAAGAGAAACCUGCAGAUCCUCUGGGCUGCCAGAAGCAAUGCUCAUCAAACUGCCAGACGCUGCACCAACGAGUACUGGACAGAGCUUAGCGAAACCAUCGAAACAGUAGCAAUUACAGGGAACAUAAGAGGGAUGUACGAUGGCAUCAAGACGGCAAGAGGACCAGCACAGAACAAGACAGCUCAUCUCAAAUACACCACUGGGGAAGUCAUCGAAGACCAGGAGCAACAGAUGGAGAGAUGGGCGGAACGCUAUUCGGACCUCUACUCCAGGCAGAAUGUUGUGACGACCGCAAACCUCUUGACAAUCUGUUUCCCAUACAUUACUGAACACCUCUUCAUGUCUGCUUUUUGCCUUGGUCAAAUCUAUCUAUCUAUCUAUCUAUCUAUCUAUCUAUCUAUCUAUCUAUCUAUCUAUCUACUCUUAUCCUACCUAACAGACCAAUAA